AUGAAUAGUGAUCAUCGAAUUGAUGAAUUUGAUGAGCUAGAUAUUCUCGCUCAUCAACGAUCACAUCCUUUGAAGAAUAGAAGAGAAAAACUUGUUGAUCAAUAUUUAAAUACGAAUGAUGACGAAGGAUGGGAACCCUGGAAAACAUUUAAAGGAGAUAAAAUAUUAGGCUAUCGUGAACAUUUAUUAAAACAAAUCAAACAAGAUUCGAGUGUAAGUCUAUGUCGAAUGAUAUCUGCAGACAAUCAUGUUAUAACCACACUUUGUCGUUGUAGUCUUUUUACAUCAGACUUCAGCAAAAUCAAGAAUUCAAUUGUCUAUUAUAAUCAUCUCAUAUUCGAUUUUGAUACACAUGAAUUGGUGGUUGAACGUUUAUCAAAUGAACUUCUGCGUCAUUCGAACUAUGAUUCUCUUUUGUACGAUUGUAUUCGAACAUUAAAACGUUUGGUUCUACAAGAAAAUUCAAUUUUAUUCUGUUAG